AUGCUUGACCCAAUAUCCUUGUUCUUCUUGAGUUUCCAUACAUUUGCUGCAGUUGUCGGAUGUACUCUCAAUGCAAUUGUCCUCUUUUUGGCAUUAUUCCGAACUCCGAAGACGAUUGCUGCCUACACAACUAUCCUAAUCAACUUUGCACUGACUGAUUUUCUUGCGUGUUUCACCGAUUUCUUCAUUCAAAUGCGUCAUAUUCCUGCUGGAUUCACAAUGGCAUACAUGUCUCGUGGGCUUUGUACUCUUGUCGGACCGCACUUUUGUUACUUGAUAUACAGCGUCAAUAUAUCCCUAGUUGCUCACGGAUUAUGGUCUUUGUUACUGGGAUUUUCGUACAGAUAUUACAUAUUAUUUCAUCCGGCACCGACACGGAAAAUGCUGAUCAUCGCUUUGAUGAUAAUUUAUAUUCCAUCUUUCAUACAAAUGUGGGUUUUCCUGUUGGCUGAUGACGAUCCAGUGGAAAUCAAACGGAUCCUUAUGGAACGUUUCCCAGAAUAUGAGUUGGAGAAUGCGACAGUUUGUGGAACAAUUAACGUGAUUGAGUUCCCUGCAAUGUAUACAAUUCUGCAUAUGACUUGUCCAAUAACUCCAGUUUAUAUAACUAUUUGGAUAUUAAGAAAGAAGAUUAUCGAGAAGUUGGUAUCUAAUUCCAAGGAUAUGUCAUCCAAAACAAAGGAAAUGCAUAAACAACUUCUGAAGGCUCUAACCUGGCAAGCUCUGAUCCCUGGAUUCUACGGAAUGAGUAUUGCUUCUUACGUAACUGCUCAAUUCUUCUUCAACCAUCCAAUUUUCGAGUACACAACUCUCACUGGAUUCCUCUUCAUGCCUGUUCUUUCUCCUCUUUCUUGUCUUAUUUUCAUCCAAAUCUAUCGAAAACGAGUUCUCUCCUGGUGGUAUAUAGUCAUUGGAAAACCGAUUCCGGAAGAAUGGAUUUCUGUGUUAAACACUUCGAAAAUGGGAGCAACAACUGCAGCACCGUCGAGUGUCGCACCGCAUUCCACCGAAACCAAAUCGAAACAUUAA